UUAAGAGGCGCCGCCAGCCGGGACCCGACCUAGACGCGGGCAGCGCCUGGACUCGCCGCCGCGGGACUCGGGCAGCCCCGCAGCCCCGCAGCUCUCCGGCUCCUCCUCCUCUCCAGACCGCCCUUCGCAGCGAUGGACGGAGACGGUGAACCAGAGAGCUUGGGCCAGCCGGAGGAGGUGAGCCCGGAGGGGCAGCAGGAGGAAGCCGGCGCGGAGGAGGCGAGCGCCGGGGAGGAGCGGCCCCAGGAGGAGGAGGAGGAGGAGGCGGCGGCGUACCUGGAGGAGCUGCCCGAGCCGCUGCUGCUGCGCGUGCUGGCCGAGCUGCCGGCCGCCGAGCUGGUGCAGGCCUGCCGCCUGGUGUGCCUGCGCUGGAAGGAGCUGGUGGACGGCGCCCCCCUCUGGCUGCUCAAGUGUCAGCAGGAGGGGCUGGUGCCCGAGGGCGGCGCCGAGGACGAGCGCGACCACUGGCAGCAGUUUUACUUCCUGAGCAAGCGGCGGCGCAACCUUCUGCGCAACCCGUGCGGGGCAGAGGACCUGGAGGGCUGGUGCGACGUGGAGCACGGAGGGGACGGCUGGAGGGUGGAGGACCUGCCCGGAGACUGUGGGGUGGAAUUCAUCCACGACGAGAGCGUCAAGAAGUACUUCGCCUCCUCCUUUGAGUGGUGUCGCAAAGCGCAGGUCGUUGACCUGCAGGCUGAGGGCUACUGGGAGGAGCUGCUGGACACCGCUCAGCCGGCCAUCGUGGUGAAGGACUGGUACUCGGGCCGCAGGGACGCAGGCUGCCUGUACGAGAUCACGGUGAAGCUGCUGUCGGAGCACGAGGACGUGCUGGCCGAGUUCAGCAGCGGGCAGGUGGCGGUGCCCCCAGACAGCGACGAUGGCUGGAUCCAGAUCUCCCACACCUUCACCGACUAUGGGCCCGGUGUCCGCUUUGUCCGCUUCGAACAUGGGGGUCAGGACUCCGUCUACUGGAAGGGCUGGUUCGGGGCCCGAGUGACCAACAGCAGCGUGUGGGUGGAGCCCUGAGUGACCCCUCCUCCAACCUCAGCCCUCUUGGAGGUGCAGAGGCCUGGGGUAGAUAGGCCUUAGUCAGUAGCCCCCUCACUUUUCCCAUCCCCCACCUCACCCCCACCCCACACACUCCUCUCCUGCCCCAUUCUCCCAGCCCAGCGCCCACACUGGGAAAGAGGAGUUUUGCUGGCGUAUAUGUGCAUCUAGAAAAUAAGAUGGGUGAGGGUAUGGGCCUGGGUCGGGCCCACCGCUGAAUCCCCUGCACCUAGUGCAGUGCCUGCCACAAAGUGGGCACCUAAUAAAUAUUUGUCCAAGGAAGGAA